CAUGGAAGUUUGCCAGCCUCAGAACACUUCACCCCGCCAUCCAUUUUCUCUCCCUCUCUCUCUCUCUCUCUCUCUUUAUAUCCUGUGUCCUCUCGUCUUCUCUCUCUCUUCACUCGCGCUUCAUUUCAUUCCUCUGCUGCAUGGUUUGUGGGUAAAGACUGAAGAGAGGGAGAAGGAAGUUGUGGUCUGAUGGCCCUGGCGGAGUCCUCAUGCUAUUACCAGGCCUCUUCCAAGACUUGUUUCCUUCCCACCAACAAACUAUGCAGGCCAAGGAGCUCUCAUGCCUUGCGCUUCCAGCUUCAGAGGCCCAUGGUGGUCUGCUCUGUGGCAUCCAAUCAAGCACCAGCUCAGGCACCUCCAGCAGUGGUGCCUAAAGCUCCAGAAGAUGCCACCAAAAGAGCAGACUGUUAUGGGGUUUUCUGUGUCACUUAUGACCUGAUAGCUGAAGAGGAGACAACAUCAUGGAAGAAAUUGAUAAAGGUUGCAGUGUCUGGAGCUGCUGGAAUGAUAUCCAAUCAUCUACUCUUCAAACUUGCCUCUGGUGAGGUCUUUGGGCCAGAUCAGCCAGUUGCUUUGAAACUGUUGGGAUCUGAGAGGUCAUUCGUAGCUCUUGAAGGAGUUGCAAUGGAGUUGGAAGACUCUUUGUAUCCAUUGCUGAGAGAGGUAAGUAUAGGCAUUGAUCCCUAUGAGGUGUUCCAAGAUGCAGAAUGGGCACUUUUGAUAGGGGCAAAGCCUCGAGGGCCUGGAAUGGAACGUGCAGGUUUGCUUGACAUAAAUGGCCAGAUUUUUGCAGAGCAGGGAAAAGCACUCAAUGCAGUUGCUUCUCGUAAUGUUAAAGUAAUAGUAGUGGGCAAUCCAUGCAAUACAAAUGCCCUUAUUUGCUUGAAGAAUGCACCUGAUAUUCCGGCAAAGAACUUUCACGCUCUCACUAGAUUGGAUGAGAACAGGGCCAAGUGCCAGCUAGCCCUGAAAGCUGGUGUUUUUUAUGAUAAGGUGUCGAAUGUCACAAUUUGGGGAAACCAUUCAACUACACAGGUUCCUGAUUUCUUAAAUGCAAGAAUCCAUGGCAUGCCCGUGAAGGAGGUCAUCACUGAUACAAAGUGGCUAGAGCAAGAGUUCACAGAGAAAGUUCAGAAGAGAGGAGGCGCUCUAAUUCAGAAAUGGGGUCGAUCUUCAGCUGCCUCAACUGCUGUGUCUGUUGUUGAUGCCAUACGUUCUCUUAUUACUCCAACUCCUAAAGGGGAUUGGUUUUCUUCUGGGGUUUACACAAAUGGAAACCCAUAUGGCAUUGCAGAAGAUAUUGUAUUCAGCAUGCCUUGCAGAUCAGAGGGAAAUGGUGAGUAUGAGCUAGUCCCGGACAUAAUUAUUGAUGACUUCCUCCGUGAACGUAUAAAAAAGAGUGAAGCUGAACUCGUGGCUGAGAAAAGAUGUGUGGCACAUCUAACUGGAGAGGGUAAUGCAUUUUGUGAUCUGCCAGAAGACACAAUGCUUCCAGGAGAGCAGUAAUGGUUAUCCAGCGAUUAUUUCUCCUCCUUUCAUUUUUCUAACUAGUUUUGGCGAGGGCGACAUGGUGGAGAGCUCUCCAAGGAAUCAGCAUAUUAGUAGUAAGCUAAUCUCUUUACAUUAUGAUAAACUGGAUGAUAUGCUGCUUAUUCAUUUACAAUCUCUUUAGUGUUCUUAUAAUAGGAAUCAGUAAUGAUUUGUUUCCUGCAAGGAAGUUACAUCAGCGUUGCAAGUCCUGCAUGUCGGCCUUAUUGGGUUAUCAGUGGUCUUAAAUUAGAUGAGAAACAGGUUUAUGAGGAUGUUAUUAGCAUAUGUUUGAUAAGGGGAUGACAGGCUUUCCAGUAUCAUGUAUCUCUAAAUGGAUCUUCAGUCUUGGAAUUAUAUGAUUGACUAUUGUUUAUCGCUAUAUACAUGGUUGGCUCUUAUUUAGGAUA